AUGGCUCAGGAAAGACUUAGCAACAUCCUUAACCACAUCAGAACCCCGACGGGGUUGGCGGCUAUCAUGUCGAAAAACCCGGAUGAUAUCGUGAUCACAUACUGUGCCCGCACGCCGCUCACAAAGGCGUUCAAGGGCAGGCUCAAAGACACCCAGCUGGAUUACCUCCUUCUGCAGCUCUUCAAGCACACCAUCUCGGGCUCCAACAUCAACCCCGCCCUCGUCGAAGACAUCUGCUGCGGCAACGUCAACGACGGCUUCGCACCCUACAAGGUCCGCGCCGCCGCCCUCGCCGCUGGCUUCCCCAACACCGCCGCCGUCUCCACCGCCAACCGCUUCUGCUCCUCGGGGCUCCUCGCCGUGCAGAACAUCGCAAACCAGAUCACCUGCGGCUCCAUCGACAUCGGCCUCGCCGUGGGAAUCGAGCAGAUGUCGCUGUCGCCCAAGGCCGUGCCCGACUUCAACGAGACCGUCAUGGCCGCCUCGCAGGAGGCCACGGACUGCCAGCAGCCCAUGGGACAGACGUCGGAGAAUGUAGGAAAGGAUUUCGGCAUCACGCGCGAGGCGCAGGACCGGUAUGCGGCGGAGUCGUAUCGGCGUGCGGAGCACGCGCAGAAGGCGGGAUGGUUCGAUGAGGAGAUUGUGCCCAUUGCGACGAAGGUGGUGGAUCCGAAGACGGGGGUGGCGGUCGAGGUGACGGUGAAUAAGGAUGAUGGCAUCCGCUACGGGACGACGUUUGAGUCGUUGUCGAAGAUCAGGCCGGCGUUUACGCAGUGGGGGGACCGCUCGACGGGGGGGAACUCGUCGCAGGUGACGGAUGGGGCGGCGUCGGUGCUGUUGAUGAAGCGGUCGACGGCGGAGAGGCUGGGGCAGACAGUCAUGGCGAAGUUUUGUGGGGCCACGGUGGCGGGGGUGGCGCCGAGGAUUAUGGGCAUUGGGCCGACUGUGGCGAUCCCGAAGUUGUUGGCCAAGUUCAGGCUCACGAAGGACGAGAUUGAUGUCAUUGAGAUCAAUGAGGCGUUUGCGAGUAUGGCCGUGUACUGUCUCAGGGAGCUGGGCCUCGACCACCAGAAGGUCAAUCCGAGAGGCGGUGCGAUUGCCUUAGGGCAUCCGCUGGGUGCGACGGGGGCGAGGCAGAUUGUGACGGGGCUGGCAGAGGCGAGGAGACAGAAGAAGAAGAUCUUGCUUACGAGCAUGUGCAUCGGAACUGGUGCCGGCAUGGCUGGUCUGUUUGUGAAUGAACAGGUCUAG